GAGUUUUUGUGUUUCUAGUAAAGAUGUCAAUCAAAAUAGUGGAAAAGAACGACGGGUUAACUUGUGUAAAAUGGACGACGGAAACUCCCGAGAACACAAGGAGUGAGAGAGAAACAGAGGACUUUCAACUGAAUCGUUAUCGAUACCUGAACUGUAUUUCCCACUUUAACAUUUCAUUGGCUCACAAGACCGACUAUUAUUCUCGUGCGACCAAUAAUAGUCUCAAUUUGUACUUGAAGCAGUUAGAAGACUCUAACAACGGCUCGAGUUCAAGCGAAGAAAACAAAACUGAAGUUGAGAAAUAUUACCGUGAGCCUUGCACUGUUUGGAUGACGUGUGGGGAGAACAAAAAAGCUACAAAAUUUUUUUUUAAGAAAUCGUCGACAAGUUCUGAGUGGAUUUCGACUGAUUUUUCUUUUACACCACUGCCGAGACAAUUAACGUUCCGAAUUUGGAUUCAGUUUAAUACUUUUGGUCUCGGUGAGAUGAACGUGCUGGUUAACCAAAUGACGGAUAUGUUUCUCCAGCAAACAAACUGCGACGUCCAGUUUCAUCUACCAAGAAACCAGAAAAUUGGCGGUCACAUUUUCAUUUUGUCAGCUAGAAGGGACGUAUUCGCUGCCAUGUUCAAGACCGACAUGAAAGAGGCAAAGACGGGCAAAGUCGUCAUCAAAGACAUCCAGCCAGAGAUAUUCAAAGAGCUACUGCAUUUUAUCUACUCAGGUCGGACUAAGGAUUCGUUAACAGAAGAAACUGCUCAGCCGCUAAUCAUUGCGGCAGACAAAUAUGACAUUAAAAGCCUAAAGAAAGAGGGCGUCCGUUAUCUUCUCACGCAAAUACGAGCGGAUAAUGCAAUCGAAUUGUUGAUUUGGGGACACCUGCAUUCGGCAGAGAAACUCAAGAACGCGGCCCUGAAUUUCGUGGCUGAAAACUUUAAAACAAUUUUUGAAACGGACGAAUGGCGAGAGCUAACCGAAAAAUAUCCUGAGCUUUGUUUAUUGACAACUCGUCGCAUGGUUGAAUUGCCAAUAGAAGUUACGCCAAAGAGGAAGCGUCUCGUUUAGAUCAGAUAAUCAAAGAUCAUAAGUAACCAAAUACCCCACUCAUGUCAUUGAAAUGAAAUCAACGCAAAAAUAAACGACACAUUAUUGUUUCUGCAAUAAUCAAAUUUAAGACAAUGG